AUGACCGAUUUGCGGGAAGAACUUGGGAAAUGUCUGCAAACUUAUAUGAUUUGUAUGUUCCUGGAAAUCCUAUGUAUGGAUAUUCACAAAUUGUUGAAGAAGUUGUUUGAAAGACCUCCAAAGAUGAUAAUUCCGAUUUUUGAACUACCCUGGCUGGCUCGGAAACAUAUUAUCUCAAAGUUGCCGAUUGAAGAAAUAAUUCACUUCUCGUUCAUUUCUGAAGACUGCAAGGAGUUGGUUCGCGAUCUAAACCUCAAACCAGACAAAAUUCGUAUAAAAAUCGGCUCUUCUGAUGCGACGUCUUCUAUUGAGUACUACGAGGAAAAGCUUCUGAUGCUUAGAUUUGGAACUCGAUACAAGAGAUUUCAAUUUCAAAAAUCCUUAGUUCCCUCCUCGAUUCUUUUUGAUACGGAUGAGCAAUUGGCUGAAAGAAUCGAUCGAUCGGAUAUGAGUUUAAGAGAUUGGAUCAUUCAUUUCAUGGAUAUUCUGAAGUGUGAAAAUCUGGAAGUGACAUUUUCCCAAUUAUCACCAUUAAUCAAUUUUGAGUAUAUCAAGAAGACAUUUAAAGGGUUGGCUGUGGAUACUCUGAAAAUUGAUAAUUGCUCUUAUGAAUAUUACAAAUUGGCGGUUCAGGAGUUUCAGACCAUCAAAAAUCUGCACAUCUUCCGAACGCGUGUCAAUCGAAUCAUUGAAGCACCAAUCCAGAAUCUUCUCUCCAAAAAACUUGAAUAUCUAUGUUUAACAGAUUCCACUAAAGUUUCCGCAUUCCAAAUUGCCACCAGCAAAGUAUUGAAUCUUCAUUAUAAAAUGUUUGUGAAGCCGGAAGAAAUGAAGGGAUUCUUCUGGAAAUAUUGGAGGAAUGGAAGCAAUCCAGAUCUAGAAUCCUUAUGUUUUAAUUGCUUCAUAAUUGGCCAACGGUCUCCUAUAAUUUUUAUGGAGAAGCUUCUAGAAGGGAUUGAGUUCUCGAGGGCUUCAGAAGGUUUGGAGAGGAAAUUCGAGAGAAGAAAAAUUGAGGGAUAUCUGGAGAAGGCGUUCAGGGGAGGAUUCGAUAUGAAGAGAAAGGAUGGAAAACGGGCGACACUUUUCUACGAGAGAAUAUUUGAAAUGUUCAAGAUCUGUUUUGUGAUUUGGCCUUGA